UGGCUGUAUUGCUUCGAAAGUAGGUAUUUUUUGCCGCCCAGUCUGCGGUCACAUUGCUUGCGAUGCAGAGACGCCACCGAGUAAAUACUUUGAUUUACCAAAAAUAGACGACUUUAUGGACGCGCUGCCGUCGUAUCCCGAUUUGGCGACCCUGUGCCGCCUGUGCCUCAAGGAGCACCAGGAUGCGUACGCGAUCUUCGGCGAGGACGACGCCCAGCUCUCGAUUCCCGUGCGCCUGAUGGCCUGCGUCGCACUGGACGCCAAGGCGACGGAUACUCUGCCGAAGAGGAUCUGCCAGGAGUGCCGCUACCAGCUGGAAAAGUCAUUCCUCUUCCGGCAGCGCUGCCAGUGGGCGGAGAAGAAGCUGCGCAAGCAUGUUCGGCUUCUGGGCCUCGGGAAGCGGAGCCGCGUGUUUUCCAAGGAUCCGGACGACUAUGACGAGGACGAGCUAGAGUUUGAGGACUCGAUAGCCUUCAUCGAGGCGCAGGACAAAGUGCGCAAGCUGGAGGACGAAAAGUGGCGAGCAGAGUUCAAGGAAGAGCAGACGGCGGAAAUGCACAAGCGUUUGGUCAAAUCUCGUCUAGAGCUUCGAGCGAAACUUACCACCGAGCUGCGAAAGGAACUAGCGGAGGAAGUGCGCAGUGAGGUGCGCAAGGACCUGGCCGAGGAGGUGCGCAACCAGGUUAGAGAUGACCUGCGAAGCGAGGUUAGCGAGGACAUAAGAAAGGAGCAGCUGGCCAUGCUGUUAGGCGAAUUGGAGGUGUAUCUCACCGAAAAGAAGGCCGGUCGAUGGGAGUCCUUGGAUGGAUCCGAGUCGGACUCCAAGACGCAAGCCAAUGAAGACGCCUCCACCUCUAGGCCAAAACUUAAAACUCUUCCAAAGCGACGCCCCAGCUUGGUCGUCGCCAAUCAAAAGGUGAUACAGCCCACGAAGGAUGGAAAAGAAGAAGAAUUUAUAUUGGGGUGCAAUUCAGAACCCGUAAGUACUAGCGAUGUAAACAUAGAUGGCCUCGAACUGGAAGAGGAAGUGCCCGCGGAUAGCAGUGAAGAUUUCAGGGAUAUCAACAUGGUGGGAUCAGGGGAUGUAGUGCACACAGAUAAUGGAGAGAUCUACAUCAUAAACUCUGCCAGCUCAGAGGAUCAAAACCAAGACUCCACUCCCGAAUUUGACCAGGACAACGGUAUAACCUCCUAUAACAUCAAGGAAGACGGCGAAAUUCAGUUCAGUGGCGAAAAGCCAGAGGAAAUCGAAGAUGUCGUGGUGUUUAAUCUGGGCGAGGAGAUAUCUCAAGAGCAACAGGUCUUCAGCUUCCACGAAAAUGUCAUUAUAGUGGAAAAGGAACAGGACGAUAGAGAUGAGCAAACGCCCCUCAAACGAAAGAGGUCAAGUGACCUAGUCUUCAAGCAGGAUUCCAGUUGCCCUCAACCGAAAACCGGUCGAAUAACAGACACGGUAAAGUCGUUCCAGUGCCAUUUGUGCCCGGUGGCCUUUCCUACGCAGAAACUUUUGACGCGCCACCACAACAUCCACAUUAAGGGACUGAAAAGUGGAAAGGGCGGCACGCUAAAGUGUCCCAGCUGCGCACUGCAGCUCUCGUGCGCCAGCUCCCUCAAGCGCCACAUGAUCAUCCACACGGGCCUGAAACCGUUCAAGUGCAGCGAGUGCGAACUGUCCUUCUCCCAGCGCGAGGUGCUCAAGCGUCACAUGGACACCCACACGGGAGUAAAGCGCCAUCAGUGCCCUCAAUGCUCAAGCUGCUUCGCCCAGAAGUCCAACCUGCAGCAGCACAUUGGCCGCGUGCACAUGGGCAACUCUCGGACGCACAAAUGCCAUCUGUGUCAUCGCAGCUUUAACCAUGUUUCGGGCCUAAGCCGCCAUCUGGUCACCCACGCUGGCGUCAUGUUCUCCUGCAAACAGUGCGGGCGACAGUUUAACGAUCGCAGUGCUGUCCAGAGACAUGUGACCACAAUGCACAAGGUGAAGAACAAGCUCACUGACUACAUAUCCGAGACGAACGAGUUUCAAGCUGUGUCCUAGAACUACUGGACUACCUGGACAUGUUUACCCAUUACACCACCGUAGGUUGGACCACAAUGUUACACCUGAAGAGACCAACUGAUCUGAAUAUUUUACAACUUUAUUCGCGAACUUAGAGUGCUCACAAGAGUUGGCACCAAAUAUCAUCAACAUGAUAGUGUUAAAACAUUUAGAAACAUGCAGCGUUAAACAGUUUAGCAAACAAAUACAAAUCGGAACAUUUGGAUCAGCUCUGUAACAGUAUACCAUAUAGCUAGACGUACAUUUUACAAUAUCGUUUAAUAAAUACCACAUAAGACGAUGUACAAUUUGAUAGGCAAAUAUACGUAUUUUUAAUAAACUCAACUGCGCUACGAAUA